UCCUUUCAAUUGUCUCUUUCCUCCAAAGUCCAAACCCUACCCUACUUUUACUUCCUUUCCAUACAUACAAAAUACAUAACUACAUACAGCUGCUUGCAGCUUAAAAAAAACCCACAUCUUUCUUUCUUUUUCCUGUUUUUAAGUUUUUUAUUAUUUCAGCACUGUUGCUUUUAUUUCCGCUCAACACCCUUUAAACACCCAAAACAGAAAAUUAAAAAAAAUAAAAAUAUAAAAUCCCAUUUCCCUCUCUCUCCCCCUCUCCUUUGUUUUUCUUUCAACAGCUCCAAGAAACAGGUCAAAACCCCCGAGGGCUCCAGGUCACAUCACCACCCUUAAAACCCUCUUCAAACCCCCUCACAUUCUGACGUGACCGUUGGUUUUCUUGUCCUCGUCUCUGUAAAAAACGAAAAAUCGAAGAGAGAUAAUGAAAACAGAAUCUGGGUCUUGUUUUUAAUGCGUUUUCCCAAGAAUGUUUUCGAUUUCUUUGAGGAAAAAAAAUAAAAAAAGAGGCACCCAAACGCUUCAUUUCUGAUGUGACUGUGGGCCCUAGAUUCCACAGCCGUUAAACGCCUUCGAUCCCUUUUACAAAAAAGAAGAAGAAGAAGAAAAUAAUCUGGGUUUUAUUUUACAUGCAUUGCUCUGAAAAGGUGCGCUCUACGCACCUCUCUCUCUAAUCGCUGUCGAGCAAGAAGGAGCAAUGGGUCUUGUAGAACAUACAUUCUUAUAGGUGGGGUUUGUUUUUUCUGCGUUUAUGGAGGAGGAGAGCGGGCAGAGGAGGAGUGCGAGGUUGUCUGCGCUCGACACGUGUAAGGUUGGUGGGGCGACACGUGGCGUGGGUCCCGGGAGAGCCCCACGGGGGCGUGGUGGUGCAGCGAGGAGGGGUAGGAAACGGGCAAGGGAUGGGGUGGAAACGGGCAGCGGGCAGGGGCUGCCCGGGAAGAAGAGGGGCAGGAAGAAAAAGCGGCUGACGGAAGUGGAAGAGGUGACAGUUAUUUCAGUUAAGGAGGAAGCAGAAGAGGCGGUAGAAAAUCUGGAACAUGAUGAUUGUUCUUCACACAACAUUGACAAAUCAUCAAGUGGUGCAUCUCGGUUGCCAGAAAAACAAGUGCUCGAGCGUAUCUUGGACAUGCUACAAAAGAAAGAUGCGCAUGAGAUAUUUUCUGAGCCAGUUAAGCCAGAUGAGGUUGAAGGUUACUAUGAUAUUAUUGAGAAUCCAAUGGAUUUUGGCACAAUGAGGGCAAAACUUCAAGAGCAAAUGUACAAGACUCUAGAGCAAUUUGAGGCUCGUUCCAUACAUGAUCUGGCAAAGAAGGUUUUUCAUGCUCUGAGAACCAAUCCUGAGAAUUUCGAAUUAGAACUUGCAACAAUGAGACGAAGACCUGGGCGAACACCGAAAAAUCAUGCAAGUGGAAAAGGUCAGGGUGAAGCUACAAGUACGGGGAAUCCGACUGUCGAUGUCUCAUCAAGUGGAAGGCAUCGUUCCUUGAAUGGUCAAUCAGGUGUCAGGAGAAACCUCCGAGAAGGCUUGACGGUGCGUGGUCCAAGUCAUAAUGUUGACAGGCGAAUCACCUAUGAGGAUCUCUGCGGUUUAAGAGAUGGCCGGAAAUCUAAUUUUUCUGAAGAAGAACGACGUGAUACUUAUAGGCCGGGUUCUUUCAGCAGCCUCGCUGAGUCGAUAUUCUCAACACGUAAUAGCCCACUUAUCUAUGUUAAUCAGGGCAAUUUUAAUUACUCUGAUAGUUUGAUGCGAUUCGCUGCAGAUCUGGGGCCCACUGCAAAAGUGGUUGCCCAGCGGAAGUUACAGAGAUGUCAGACUCCGGCAAUGCCAGCCCUCCCGGGACCCACUCCUGCUACUGGCAUAGACAACAUUCCAGCUCAUCAGAUUCUCCUCAAUGCGAUCGCAGGCCAUCCUGGCCCACUUGCCGGUGCUGCCAAUAGGAAUGAUAUGCACAAGAAUUUCACGGAGAUGUGCCGCUGGAAUCAGAGGUCUCGUGUUCCACCAUCCUGUUAUAUACCCCCCGCUCAUUUUGGAAGUUCAAAUGAUGCACGUGAUGCGAUCAUAGAAAUGGGCCAAUGGAAUCAGAGGUCCGAUGUUCCGUCAUGUUCUUACCUACCGGCAGUCCAUACUGGAAAUUCAAAUGAUACACGUGAUGCAAUCAUAGAAACGGGCCGCUGGAGUCAGAGGUCCGAUAUUCCUUCAUGUUCUUACCUAUCGGCUGCCCAUACCAGGAAUUUGAAUGAUACUAAUGAUGCUAUCAGAGAAACGGGCCACUGGAAUUCGAAUGAUACUCGUGAUUCUAUCAGAGAAACGGGCCGCUGGAGUCCAAGCUCAGACAUUCCGUCAUGUUCGUAUCUACCGGCCGCCCAUACUGGAAAUUCAAAUGAUACACGGGAUGCUGUCAGAGAAACAGGCCGCUGGAAUCCAAGUUCUGAUGUUCUGUCAUGUUCUUACCUACAAAUCACCCACGCCGGAAAUUUGAAUGAUACAAGCACUGCUGUCGGAGAAACAGGCCACCAGAAUCCAAGCUUGGAUGUUCCAUCAUGUUCGUAUCUACCUGCCGGUGCCUCCGCUGACAUCGACAUUGGGAAUUUGAAUUUUCCAGCUGCUGGGAUCGAAAUUACUGGCAACAACUACAUGGCUACCCAUAUUGGGAAUUCAAAUUUUCCCGCCACUGAGGUCCCAAGUUCCCACACCAGUUAUGGGGGCCCCCAUGUCGGGAAUUCGGAUUUUCCAGCUGCGAUGGUCCCAAAUCCCACCACUGAUUACAUGGCCACUCAUAUUGGGAGCUCGAAAUUUCUGGCUGCUGUGAUCCCAAAUGCCAGUAACGAGUACAUGGCAAUGAUGGCUGCUUCGGGCAUGCUGGAUGCUCCGGUCCCGCCUAGCAAGCUGGCAUCAGAUCUCUCUCAGUCAAGGCUGCUUGAACUGGUGUCGAGAAAUAACAACAGUCCAGCAUUGCCGCCGUCGUUGUCGUGGGCUUUUCAAGAAGCCAUGAAGAUGCCAGUUCCAAGCCAAGCUGCUGAUCCCAUGCAGGCCUUGAACUUAUUUUCUUUAGAGCAGGAGAAUCAAGCUGUGGCGGCGCUGGCUCAUGGCUAUGGAGAGAAUCAAGCUGUGGUGGUACCGGAUCAGGGCUAUGGAGAGAAUCAAGCUGUGGUGGCACCAGGGCUGAGCCACGAUGGGCUCGGUUCAGCUCCAACGGCAGACCAGUGUUCCACGUGGGUCCAGCCGGAAUCAUGGGGCGCCCCGCAGACCGUCCUUGACAUCCCGUUCUUGCAGUCGCGGCUCGGGGAGAUGAGUUUGUGGGGCCGGAAUGGGCUAUUGAGGCCAGAAUUGCCUCCGGCUUCGACGGCUCAAGAGACGCCGUUUUUCGAUGCCAUGGGCGACUGUGAAAGAGGCUCGGGCUCACAUGGCGGCCAUCGACCUGAGCCAAGCUCUGUAGCUAUGUUGGAUAAUCAGCAUCCUGAUCUGGCUCUUCAAUUAUAAUUCUAUAUGGUUGAAAAUUUCAGAGAAAGAAAAGAAGAAAUAAAAAGAAAGAAAGAAAGGUUAUAGAUGAAA